UUCCAGAUUCAAGAGCGUGAUGAGGGAGCUCUCAAGUAUCUAAAGGAUAUCAAGUGGUGCAGAAUAGAUAAUCCCAAGGGUUUCAAGCUUGAGUUUUUCUUUGAUCCUAAUCCUUAUUUCAAGAAUGCCAUCCUGACAAAAACGUAUCAUAUGAUUGAUGAUGAAGAACCGAUCCUAGAGAAAGCAAUAGGGACUGAAAUUGAAUGGUUGCCAGGAAAGUGCUUGACUCAGAAGCUUCUGAAAAAGAAGCCAAAGAAGGGCUCAAAGAAUGCCAAGCCCAUUACCAAAACUGAAGAAUGUGAAAGUUUUUUCAAUUUCUUUAGUCCACCUCAAGUCCCUGAUGAUGAUGAGGAUAUCGAUGAAGACAUUGCUGAGCAGCUACAGAGUCAGAUGGAGCAAGAUUAUGAUAUUGGGUCCACUAUCAGAGACAAGAUUAUUCCUCAUGCUGUUUCGUGGUUCACGGGGGAGGCUGUUCAGGAGGAUGAUUUUGAGGACUUAGAAGAGGAUGAUGAAGAUGAAGAUGGGGAGGAGGACGAGGAAGAGGAUGAGGAGGAUGAAGAUGAUGAUGAAGAAGAAGAGGAAGAGGAAGGAAAGACCAGGAAGAAGACAGCUACAACAAAGAAGAAGAGUGGAGGGGAUGGUCAACAAGGGGAUCGGCCCGCGGAGUGCAAGCAGCAGUAAGGCUUUUCUGGAAUGAAGUAUUUUUCGGGCUUUCUAGAGUGUAG